UUUUGACCUCCUCAGUCCUUAUCCUCGUCGCCACUCGGAGAACGCAACUUCAGAUCUGCUCUCCAUCCGCUGUUCUCGACCCACCUUCGAGAUAGCUCGUUUUCGAAAUUUUUAGCUCAUUUUCGUGGAUCCUGGCACGGGAUCGGUUCCGGUUCCCGACAAGGUGGAGAAUUUUUUUAUCGAUUUCUGGGGAUGUUUCGGUGGUUUCGUCGCACGCUAUGAGCGGAUUUUGAUGUCGAGAUUGAGCAAUAGAUGAGAUGAAAAGGAUAGCUUGUGGCUGGAAGAUCGUUCCGAGAAACGAUGGAUGUGAGAAAGUUCGGAUUUUUAUUCGUUUGUCUCAUUGCGUUGUCUGUUCUGAUGAGGGGAUGCUCAGGAGGGAGGCAACGGGCAGAAGGUCUCUUCUUGGGCUUUAGAGAUACUGCGAUUGUGGCUUCUCCAGAGCUAAAUGAAGACCUGAUGGAGCGAAUAUGGCUAUAUUGUGGGCUAGAUUUUAUGGACAUGAAAGAAGUUUUAAGAAUCUCAGGAUUUUCUAAUGUGGAGAAUUUAAUUUGUGAUUCUACUGAGACUAAUCUGAACUCUAGGUUUUUUCUGAAAAGUGGCGAAUUGGAAACUAUGACUUUUCUCUCACCACAAAUUAAGCAUGAACUUCUUAGUUGUUUGAGUAGGCAAAACUUCCAUUUUAAUGUUCCUGGAGAUGAUGAUAGACUGAUAAAUAUGUAUAUGAAGUAUUUGGAGUCAUUACUUGGAUGCAAUCUUGUUUUGAGAAGGCAUUUAGCAGAUCAACCUCUUCAUGCCAUGUCCCCUGCCUCAGCUCCAGCGCCGGGUCCAUCUCCUGCAUCAGCUCCAUCCCUUGGUCCAGGAGUUGAAACGCCUAGUUUUGGUCCAGCACCAUCUUCUGAUCUUGCUCCUGCAAGUGCUCCAGUGCCUGAUAAUCAAUCCUCAGGUGGCAAAAUACUUCCACCAAAUUCCUAUAAUCAAACCCCAGCUGCUGCUCCAGUUUUACCAUCAAAGAAGCCAAACAACAGCAAAAGAUCUGUUAUGAUUGCUGUGGUUCUUACUGCUGCUGGGACAUGUCUUGUUGCUGCAUGUAUAUUCUGUUGCUAUUAUAAAUGUUGUAGAGAAGGUAAUGACUCAACAUAUUGGCAAAGAGAGGAGAGGCCUCUUAUGACUUUAAGCUUAAGCGACUUCUCUGGCUUGUCACCCAACUCUUUUGGGCAAGGUACUUCAAUUCACAAGGACAAGAUUGGAGGUUUGUCUUUCAAAACUGACCCAGGCCAAAGUGAUCAUGUUUUAUCCUUUGAUAUUAGCUCAGAUGGAACUCGACUAUCUGACAUACCUUCAGGAAAUUCCGUUUCUUCAACUGAGAUGUCUAAUAUCUCUAGCAAUGCUUUUGAGCCAAAACCACCUCCUCCUCCACCUGUUAUGCUCCCUUCUAUUAAGAAAGUUGCUCCAUCACCUCCUGCUCCACCCCCUCCUGCUCCACCACCUCCCCCACCUGUUAUGCCUCCUGUUAAAAAGGUUGGUCCAGCACCUCCCGCCCCACCCCCACCUUUGCACAACUCAAAGCCUGGUCCUCAGCCUCCACCACCACCAAAGGGUGCUCUCCCUCCUCAUCUGCCACAAAGAGGCUUGGUUUCAAGACUUACUCAGCCAUCACCCCUUGGGCCAAAUCAUUCAGGAGAUGCAGUCUCUGCCCAGCAUGUUGGUGCAGAAGAUGAUGCCAAUGCUCCCAAAGAAAAAACCAAGCUGAAGCCAUUCUUUUGGGAUAAAGUCCUUGCAAACCCUGAUCAAUCCAUGGUCUGGCAUCAGAUUAAAUCGGGUUCUUUCCAGUUCAAUGAAGAGAUGAUAGAAAUGUUAUUUGGUUACAAUUCUGCUAAUAGAAACAAGUGUGAGGGUAAGAAGGAAUCAUCAUCUAAUGAUCCCUCAACUCAAUAUGUUCAGCUGAUCAAUCCCAAGAAGUCGCAGAAUUUGGCAAUUUCUUUAAAAGCAUUGAAUGUGAAAACAGAGGAAGUCUGUGAUGCACUUAUGGAAGGUAACAAGCUCCCCACGGAGCUACUUAAAACAUUGUUGAGAAUGUCACCCACCACUGAUGAAGAGCUGAAGCUUAGGAUUUACAGUGGCAACAUGUCCCUACUUGGACCUGCAGAACAGUUCCUAAAGGUUGUGGUGGAUAUACCAUUUGCAUUUAAACGGAUAGAUGCAUUGCUAUUCAUGGCUUCUCUACAAGAGGAUGCAUUGGUCAUAAAGGAAUCACUUGCAACUCUAGAGGUAGCUUGCAAGGAGCUCAGAAGUAGUCGUCUAUUCUUGAAGCUAUUAGAGGCUGUACUUAAAACGGGCAACCGCAUGAAUGAUGGCACCUUCCGUGGAGAUGCUCAGGCAUUUAGACUUGAUACACUUUUGAAGUUGUCAGAUGUCAAAGGUACUGAUGGGAAGACCACACUCUUGCACUUUGUUGUUCAAGAGAUUAUCCGGUCCGAAUGUGUGCGAGCUGCAUGCUUGGCAAGAGAGAGUGAGAGCACCUCUAGCCUGAUGACUUGUGGCCUAAAUUCGGAUGAAUGUUCUCCAAGAGAAAGUGCAGACUAUUACUGUAGCCUUGGCCUGAAGGUUAUUUCAGGUCUGAGCAAUGAUCUUGAGAAUGUAAAGAAGGCAGCAGGAUUGGAUGCUGAUGCCUUAAAAAACAUGGUGGUAGACUUUGUUCAUAGAUUGUUGAAGACAAAGGAGUUCCUGAACAAGGAUAUGAGAAUCUUGGAUGAGGACAGUGGCUUCCGCCGGUCACUAACAUCCUUUGUGGAGCAUGCUGAGGCUGAUAUUACUUUCUUACAGGAAGAAGAAAAGAGAAUAAAAUCAUUGGUGAAGAGCACCACCAACUAUUUUCAUGGGAAUGCAGGGAAGGAUGAGGGUUUGCGGUUAUUUGUUAUUGUGCGUGAUUUUCUUGGGAUGCUGGACAAGGUUUGCAAAGAAGUGAGAGAAUCAGCACCCAAGGCAUCCAAAACACCAAACGUUAGGGAUAACUCACCAAUGGCACAUGUCCCAGAUCCACGGCAAUUGCUGUUUCCAGCAAUUAGGGAUCGGCGGGUAGAGUAUUCCAGUUCUGAAUCUUAAAGAUUUUCUGGGAGAGCAUCGUAGUAUAUCAUGCUUGGAGUUCAGCUUUGGUUUUUCUGAACUCUCUGUAGAAGAAGCAUUAUAGUUACCAUUUAUUCUUUAGAUAUACAAGUACAAAUUAAAAAAAAUAUUCAUUUUUUCAUUUAAAUAUGUAAAUCUUGCCAAGAAGAUGCUUCACGUUCAUGUACAUGAGUAUACUGUCUUUUAGCUUGCUUAUUUUGAAGGUCAUGUGCUGAUGUUACGCUA